AUGUCUCUUGAAGUAUGUCUUCACCCUUUGGUUCUGAUGAACAUCUCUGACCAUUUCACCCGUGCGUUUGCAAAUAAAGGUUCUCCUCAAAGAGUGAUAGGGAUUCUAGUAGGAACAGUGUCAGGCAGAAACAUCCAAAUCCAAAACUCCUUCGAAGCUCUCUGGACUUCUGCAGGCGAAAACACCAAGCUUGACACAGAAUUUAUUGAAAAAAAGCUCAGCAUGCUCCUUGAAAUUUUCCCAAACUACGAAUUUCUAGGAUGGUACUCAACUGGCAAGCUUCAUGAAAGAGACAUGCUGAUUCAGCGCAGCCUAGUGAAUUUCAAUGAAAAUCCUCUUUAUCUUGUCUUAAAUACAGUAGACCCACCUCCAAAAGAGUCUGAAGACCUCCCAGUUGAGCUUUAUGAGUCACAUGUCCAAGUGAUGGAAAACCAAACUAAUUAUCAAUUUAAGCAGCUUACAUAUACAAUAGAGACAACUGACCCAGAACGUAUUGCAGUUGACUAUGUGUCUAGAGCAGGGGCUGCCACUGGGGAAUUUUCUGAAUAUUCCUCAAAUUUAAUGACUUUUUUAAGUGCUAUGAGACUUUUCAAAAAAAGGCUUCUAAAACUCGUAGAAAUGGUAGCAGGAAAUUCUGAUGUCCAAAAAGACCACAAACUUAUGAGGAAAUUAAAUGAAAUUUGUAAUAGAAUCCCAGUUGCGCCUUUUGAUAGGCUUAAAGAUGAUUUCAAUCAAGAAAUCAGUGAAGAGCUGAUGACGACUUAUAUGGCUGCGAUGUCAAAAGGGUCUUCCCACACUUCAGAGCUGCUUGAAAGGUUCGAUUUUAUCGCGAUGAGUAGAGAUUUAGAUUAA